AAGUGGCACUAUUUUUCCUUUUUUGUUCUCAAUAACCUCAUCUGCUUAGCUUGUCUACCAGCCAUUCUCUUUCCCACCUUAUCCAUUUUCUUCCGUCUCUCACCAUACAAAGUUUCAUUUUCUUCCCUCCCUCCCACUAUCAUUUACUUCCAUAUACUUAACAAACAACUCUUCAUAAACCAACCAUCACAAAAAAAGAUAACAAUGGCCACACUAUCUCCACCCACCAUUACGGCUACUUCUACUACUACCAUUGCCAGCUCUAGGAGGAUGAAGAAGAAUGUGAAUUACAUAACAGGGUUGAACUCUUUUGGUGGGUUGAAGGCUCACAACAGUGUAGCCUCACUAGGCCUUCCUGUAUGCACUGAGCAAUCUUUUGCUAAGGUUGUGAGCUCCUUGAAAGUUCCAUCAAAGAGCAAAGGUAGAGGUGGGGGAGCUCUAUCUUCGACCUGUAAUGCUGCUGGUGAGAUAUUCAAGAUUGCAGUCAUCAUGAAUGCGCUGACUCUUGUUGGAGUGGCAGUGGGGUUUGUUCUUCUUCGAAUUGAAGCUUUUGUUGAAGAGUCUGAGUGAGAAUUUUAUUUUUAACAACUUCUGUUGUUUUAUGUUCCAUGUCAUUAUCAAUUUUUUUC